ACCUCAAUCUCAUCUCCAACACUAUCCUCUUCCCCAUCUCAACCUCACACCCCCCAACCCAAAACCCCCCAAAAUGACCUCCCCUUCCACCACCAACCUCGCCUGGACCAUGCCGCCCUCCUCUUCUCCCCCCUCUCUCUCCCUAACCCUCUCCCCCAAACCCACCCCAGGCCCACACCAAAUCCUCCUCCGCAUCAGCGCCAUCUCCCUCAACUACCGCGACCUCAUGGUCGCCACGCACGCCUACCCACUCCCGGCCAAACCCUCUCUCAUCCCGGGCCUCGACGGCGCCGGCACCGUCGAAGCCGCCGGCCCCAACUCCGCCUGGGCGGCCGGUGACACCGUCCUCGUGUUCUCGAGCACCUGGUACACCGGCGGCGUCGCCAACCUCGACUUCGCCAGCAUCCUCGGCAGCGGCACCGUUGACGGCACGCUGCAGCGCUACAUGGUGCUCGACGACGCGCGCGCAGUGCGCGCGCCGCGGAACCUGGGCGUCGCGGAGGCGGCGACGCUGGGCACGGCGGGCGCGACGGUGGUGAAUGCGCUGUUUUUCGGCCCCGCGAGGGCGAAGAAGGGGGAUGUGGUGCUGACGCUGGGGACGGGGGGUGUGAGUUGUUUUGCUAUUCAGAUUGCGUCUGCGAUUGGCGCUACGGUGAUCGCGACGAGCUCGUCGGAUGAGAAGUUGGAGGUUGCGAAGGGGCUGGGUGCAGCGCAUGUGAUUAAUUAUAAGACGACGCCGGAGUGGGAUGCUGAGGUCUUGCGGAUUACGAACGGGCGGGGUGUCGAUCAUGUACUUGAGGUUGGGGGUGCGCAGACGAUUGUGAAGAGUCUGAAGAGUGUGCGAGCUGGGGGCCUUGUGACAGUGAUUGGAGCGUUGACGGAGGGUAGCCCGGUGGACAUAUUGCCGCUGAUUCUGAUGGGGGCGAAGACUGUUCGUGGCUCGAUGGCAAUGAGCAAGGAGAUGGUGGAGGAGCUGGUGAAAAUUGUGGAGAAGUUUGAUAUUCAUCCUGUGGUUUCGAAGGUGUUUGAGUUUGAUGAGGCUCUGAAAGCGUAUGAGGCGCUUCGGGAGCAACAGGAUAUUGGAAAGAUUGUUAUCAAGGGGGCUUGAGGGAGAGACUACAUGAUAUGGAGAGAUGGUGUUUGUAAAGUUCAGGCCAAUUAGGAAACAAGGGUGUAGGUAAGAAGAUACAUUGAGAGGCUAAUCAGAAC